UCUCUCGCUAUCUCGGAAUCGAGGGGUCUGGCCUACGCUGCGAUUGCUUCUUCAGAGCAUCCUUCUUCAGCCUUGUGCCCUCUACAGUGGCAGCCUCACACAAACUAUCAACAUGGCUUCCGAAUCCAGGCUCUACCAGAUCUCCGGCGAGACCAAGUCUCAUCUGCUCAAGUUCCGCUUGACGACAUCUCGGGCCAGCAAACCUCAGGCAGUGAUUUAUUUGAUUGAUAAAAACACUCACGAAAUCCGCCAAGACGAUGACAAGACUGUAUACACCUCCCUCGACGAGAUAGCCGACGACCUCCCCGACAGCACCCCUCGAUUCAUCUUCCUCAGCUAUCCCUUGACGAUGCCCGAUGGACGGCUAUCCGUGCCUUACACCAUGAUCUACUACCUCCCCAUCAACUGCAAUGCCGCAACAAGGAUGCUCUACGCCGGCGCAAAAGAGCUGAUACGCAACACGGCCGAGGUGAACAAGGUUAUCGAUAUAGAGUCUGCAGAGGAUCUGGAAGAUAUUCCAAAGCAGUUGAGCGGAUAGAAAUAAUAAUAAAAGAAAUAACAUGUUCGCUAUGCC